AUGGAAAACGCCUCGGUUGCGAGUCUGCGAGAGACUCUCUGCUCCGAAGAGACCGCCCUCGCCGUCCGCUUCCGAGCUCUCUUCUCCCUCAAGCACGUGGCGACGACGGCCGAGUCUAGCUCCGCCAUCGCCGCCGUCGAGGCCAUCGCCGCCGCCUUCUCUUCGCCGUCUGCCUUGCUCAAGCACGAGCUGGCCUACUGCUUGGGGCAAACGAAAAACGAUGCCGCAAUCCAGCCUCUGCGCCGGGUUCUGUCCGACCUUCAAGAGGACCCCAUGUGCAGGCACGAGGCCGCCGAGGCUCUGGGCGCGCUGGGCAAGGCCGAAAACCUCCAACUCCUCCGGCACUUUCGCGAUCGCGAGGGCGAAGAGGUUGUCGUGACCGAGACGUGUGAAAUUGCCAUCGACCGCAUAGAGUGGGAAAACUCCAAGGAGAGGCUGCAGGAAAAUGACUUUGCCUCCAUCGACCCCGCCCCCCCCAUGCCCGAGUCCGAAAGGAGCGUCGACGAGCUCGAGAAGACAAUGCUCGACGUUCAGCAGCCGCUCUUCAUGCGGUACCGAGCCAUGUUCGCUCUGCGCGACCUCGCCUCGCCGCCAGACUGCCACACCGCCGUGCCUGCCGUCCUCGCCCUGGCCAAAGGUUUCAAGGACGAGUCGGCCCUCUUCCGUCACGAGAUCGCCUUCGUCUUCGGCCAGCUGUCGCAUCCUGCCUCCAUCCCCGCGCUGACGGGAGCCCUGAGCGACGUCAACGAAGCGAGCAUGGUCAGGCACGAGGCCGCCGAGGCGCUGGGCAGCUUGGGCGGGGAGGAGGGUGUCGAGGACAUCUUGAAGGCCUUUCUUCAAGACAAGGAGACCGUCGUUCGGGAGAGCGUCAUCGUCGCCCUCGACAUGGCAGACUAUGAGAAGAGCGCCGACGCCGAGUACGCGUUGAUCCCGGAAGCCGCCAGCGCCGCCGCUUCGUAG